UUGGAAACACGUUGGCGUCGCAUCGCAGAAUGGCGCCUCGUGUCGCCGGGGGUUGCCUUGUCCACGUCAUGACACGUCGCACCGAUGAGGGCCUCAAGUUCGGCGGGUCAUGACGUCAUCGGUUCUUGUUCAGUAUAAAUAAUGCGUCUCCUCAUCUUCACGGCUCGGAUCGCAUUUCAAUUUGUUUUCUUCCCCGAUCCGUAAGUCGUUCAAAAUCCUACGCGUGUGCUAUGAUGAGGCAGGCCGUUCCGUGUCCUCCGGAGCCGGAGAGGUCGUCGUCGUCGCCGGAGGGGUUAGAAGAGACGACCGAGCGAGGCGGCGGGCAGAUCAGGAAGGUGGUGGAGGAGAACCCAGUGGUGGUGGUGGGGAGGCGCGGCUGUUGCAUGGUGCACGUGGUGCGGCGGUUGCUGCAGGGGCAGGGCGUGAACCCGGUGGUGUGCGAGGUGGGCGACGACGCCGACGAGUCCGCACUCUUAGCCGGCCUUUCCGGUGCCUCAGCGCCGGAGGUGAUGCCGGCCGUGUUCGUGGGAGGGAGGCUGGUCGGGGGACUCGACCGGCUCAUGGCCGUCCACAUCGCCGGCGAGCUGGUCCCGAUCCUGAAGCAGGCCGGGGCCUUGUGGCUAUGAUUUAGAAUUAAUUAGUAGAUGAUUUUUUCAGCGCGUGACAGAUGCAGUGACGCAAUCUGUGAUUGAGAGAGCUGACGAUGCUACUCAGAAAAUCUAUCAGUUCUUUUCUUAGAAAACGUUUUUUGUAUAUAUUCUUUUGACCGAAUUAAAAAAAAGUAUUUUAUGUAA